AUGCGCAGUGAACUAACGUUAGACAGGAGACUACAGCUCACGAUACAGUAAGAACACAGCUAUGGCUCGUCAUUAUACCCUGUAAGCGCUGGUGGUGAACCUGGUCCGCUGUCGAACUCUAGAGGUGGUUGCUGGCGGAGGACCGCUGCACUUAGCCGGUGGAAUGAAUACAAAUUCGCAGCCACACGACGACAGCUGAAGCUGGGAUCCGUCAGAAAACCGCACGUCGACCGAUUCGUCAUCGUACAUGAUCAUAGAACUGAUUUGGUAGGAGCUUUCCAUCAUUCCAAUCAUUAACACACCUUCGGUUUAGUUCCUGCUGGAAGCGCUACUGACUCGAAAUAUGGCGCCGUUGUGACGUCAUUAAGUUUAGUUUUCUUUGAAGGUUUUCUGCCAGAAGGAUUCCGGCUGACAGUAGUUGUUAUCAAAGAAAAAAGAAUGCAAUACGGACACGAACACAUUAUUUACUACCAUUUAAAAAAAAAAAAAAAAAAAAAACACGAGCUUGACCGAUGAAGGUCUGUUUAUGUCAUUCACCUUUUACGAGUAAAAUAAACACAACCCUUGUUACUUGUGGUUUAUUUAUUUAUUAGUUACCACAAUUAUUAUUGUUUAUUUUUAUUCUUUAUUUUAAGAUUAAGAUUGAAGUAAAAACUUGUGGAAAGAGUAUGUGAACUCGGAGUCUAUGAGAAAGUGUAAGACAAUGAACUGUAUAUUACGCGUGGAUGUAAGGAAAACACAUGCGUUUCUAAUAGUGACCGGUAGGUGGUGGUACUGCGUCACUACAACGUUUGCAGCCCGACAGUAGAACAGCGAGAAGAAGCAGGUGAGGUUCUGCUCUCGGUCGAGCUCGAGCUGCGGCUGCAUAAAGUGACGCUUCAUUCUGCGAUGAUUGUACCGUCAGCCUGGGCCGCUGAGUCCACACCGCUGCUGCAAUGAAGGUGAGUCCCGUUCGUCCGGCGUCGGUGCUGCUUCAAGCUUCAGUUACCAGCCAUGAUAAUUAGCCUCACGUAGCACGUAUCCGCGCGUGUAAACACUUGGAUUAAUAGCCAGUCAGCGAACUUGAUGUUUGUCUGGUACCGAGAUCACGGUCACUUGGAUUGAGGCGAAUCGCAACUGUCACCCUGUCAGUCACUUCCCCACCUCACUGUCACAUUAGCUGCUGGCGGUUGACAGUCAGUCGCCUGUUUUUCCUGUCUGCUUGCUUUAUUCUUCAUCGUGUUAACUGUGGCCGAAGGCUUUUAGUCAUCUCAUCUAUUAUUAAGCGGCGUCCAUAUGUGCUCUCAUGACGCGCUGUAGCUCUGUGGUUACCAUGGUAAUCGCAGGGUUAAGUCUUGCUGUGAUUUCUGGAACAUCAGAUAUUGACGCCAUUGUAGGAUUCCAACUCUUCGGUGGAAGUGGAUGUAGGUAAGUAAAAGCCAGCAGAAGAUAAAAGUGACUUUAGCUCUCUAUGAUGAAUUUUAAUCUGUAGAUUGUUUACAAGUUAUUACAAGUCCAUUUGAUAUUUAUGUAAGUUAUCUUUGCAUAACAAUUAUUCUUUUAUCGAAAUAGUCUGUAAGACAAUCCUGAUGUUACUGAUGUGCCAGUGCUUUGUCAUAAUAAUAGUAUGCUGCAGACAAGCAAAAAUCUCCCCCUUGCGCGAUGAAUAAAGGCAAUCUUCUCUAAAAUGAACUGUCUUGUUUGUCAUCCUCAGGCAGGGGCCUCGUCCGUGUGGGCUUCAUGUUGUGGUUUGCUGAAUGAGGUCAUGGGUACUGGGGCUGUCAGAGGCCAGCACCCUGGUUUUGGGGCCAGUGCUGGGCCAUUCAGGUUUGCCCCCAGUGCAGGAUACUCCACUUACCCCCCAUCCAGCUCAGGGAGUCCCGGUUUAGUCUGCAAGUCUUGUGGCCAGGCUUUCUCGGUCUUCAGAAGGAAGUAUAUCUGCCGAGACUGCAAGAAGAACUUCUGCUCACUGUGCUCAGUGCUGCAGGAGAAUCUUCGCAUUUGCGCCACGUGUCAUCUGUUGAAGGCGACGGCGUUCCAGAGGCCGCGGCUCAUGCGCCUACGAGUCCGAGACCUGAGGCAGUACUUGCUUCUCCACAACAUUCCCUCGGACACAUGCAGGGAAAAGGAAGACCUAGUGGAGCUGGUGCUGUGCCACCAAGGCAUUGAAGAAGAGGAGGACCAGGACACGGGCAGCUUCCACUCACGUUCCAUCUACUCCCCGACGGCGUCCACCACGCAGUCGGCAUCGGAGCUGUCAACUUUUGCCGUCUCUCAGGAGGAGCCGCUCAGCCGAAGUGAUAGUUCUGAUACCAACCAGGAUUCCGGCGAUGCCACGUCCGUGUCUCUCCUCAACCUGGACCCCAGUGACCACACGCCAGAGGCGAGUCCUCAGACGCGGCGUCGCACCCGAGCUUCUCUCUCCGAUAUCUCCAGCUUGAGGGACAUCGAGGAUCUGUCCGUCAGACAGCUGAAAGAAAUCCUGGUCAGGAAUUUCGUCAACUACUCGGGCUGCUGUGAGAAGUGGGAGCUGGUGGAGCGAGUGAGCAGACUUUACAGAGAGACCGAAGAGAACAGGAAGUCGGUGAAAAAUGUGAGCAGCUCUGUAACCGCAGUUGUGGCCUUUCCUCCUCCAAUCCGCAACGGUGCUAUUCCAGAUGGCGAGAGGGGACCUCUGACGAUCCAGGACGACAACCUCUGCAGGAUCUGCAUGGACGCGGCCAUCGACUGUGUCCUCCUGGAGUGCGGACACAUGGUCACAUGCACCAAGUGCGGCAAGAGGAUGAACGAGUGCCCCAUCUGCAGGCAGUAUGUAGUAAGAGCAGUGCAUGUGUUCAAGUCCUGAACCAGCACAGGAAGCCGCGGCAUUCGCAUCUCAACAGUGACUUGUCCAUCGUGCUUGAAACCUUUGGAGUUAUAGUGAAGCUUCGUAUGUUUUGUUUCCAAGUGAAUGUGUGGCACUUGUCCACGGAGGGUUAAUGCAACACAGAAACUUCAAAUUGACUACAGCUGAGGCUCUUUCCUCCACAACACCUUUGUCUGGAUGCUGCCAAGGAAUGAGACUCCGACCGUGAGGAGAGGGAAACACAACUAGGUGCCAAACCAUGUGCCAAGCUCGUGUGAUUCUCACCGACCCCUCCUCCACACGGUGUGCGGGUCUACUGUGAAGAGCACUUUGUUUCACUGCGACACAACUCACAGUCACAGGUGAUGAAGCGUGAACUCUUGAGUGGAAAAGUGUUGAAGACAGAAGUCAACAGCGGUGCCUCUGUUCAUGAUAAAUGUGGAUUCAUGUAUAUCUGCUUUGUAGUCUCGAGAUACACAAAAGUGUUUACAUGUGUGAACGCAGCAAUAGCUUCUCUCCGCUGACACCUCAGUCCAGUCUCUGAGACGACAACCGGUGCUAACUCAACUGACCAACUUCUCUGAUCUCAACUGUGCAAAUAUGAAACCCAAUGCUUUUAUUUAUUUUCUUAUGAGUGAAACAGGCCCACGUGGGAAGAACAGACAUCCAAUUGUUUAAUGUGCAUUUACAGAUGUUGAUCCGUAUAAAUCGUUUUUUUUUCUGAAUUGAUUUUACCUGUGUUUUAACAGAUUCUGUCUUGCACCGGAGCAUGUUUCCUCUCAUUUUACAUUUAUCAAGUAUCUUCUGGCUGAUAAAGUCACACCUGCUGCUAUUCCUUAAACAAUAUAAUAAUGAUAAUGAUCAUAUUUCCAGAGGUUUCGUGUGCAAGGUUUUGUCUUUGUAUUUGGGAACGUCUUAACUUUUUAUUUUGCUAAAUAAAGGUUCUA